AUGGAUAUAAGCGAGAAGUAUUUUUAAAUAGAAGAGUAAGUAAUAGCUUAAAGACACUUAUUCAUAGAUGAAUAGACUAACUAAGAGUUGAACUAAAUUUUAAAAGAAAACGAAGAAAUAGAUGGUCAAAUAGCAAAUAGAACCAGUAGAACAAACGAAAUAUAUACAUCGCUAGUUGAAUAAUAGAAUAAUGAAAAUCCUAAUCAACAGUAAGAGAACCUUAAUAUAAUCAAGGAAAUCGAUGAAAACGAAAAUAAAGAAUAAUUUGCUGCUAAAAAUAGGGCAUUUACAUUUUUCUAUAAACAAGCUAUUAAUGAUCUAGCUUACGGCAUAAUAUUUCAUGGAGUAAAGUUUUUUAUAUGCUUUGUAGUUCUCUAUUUUAGAUCAAAUUCAUGUGAUUCUAAUGAGCUGGUAAAGUGGUUAGAAUGGAUUAAAUUUAUAGAGUAAAUGACAAUUUUAUAUAUUUUUACUAUGAUAAUUUACUUCUAGCAAAAAAAAGAAAUUCUUAAAAGAUUUUAUUUUGAUGAGCUUGUAUAAAACUUAGACGAUACUUAAAUCCUUAACAUGAAUUUGAAUUUUGAAGAUCAUAUAGCUCGUGUAAAAGCACAUUUAAUAAAAUCCUUCAAAACAUAUAGGAUUUUGCACUUCCUUUUUAACAAGCUGAGUAACUUCUUUUAAUAGCUAUUGCUAAUUGCUGGGAACUGCAUAUACUUAAAAUUCGAACAAACAGAUUGUGAUAUAAAUAUUUAAUGGGGAGUAUUCCUAAUGUUAAUAAUUGGUUAUGUGUUUUAAUCUGCCUUCUUAGCAUGCUUUAUAAUGACUAUUGCUUCCAUGAUAGUAUGGAUACCUUCUUUUACCUGCUAUUUAAUUUAUACAGCAUAUAAGUACUUUGUGAAUAAACAAAAGAUAAAAAAAGCUUCACAAAAUGUUUAAAGGAUAAUAAUAAAAAAUCUAUAAAAUAUGGAAAAUGCAGAUUGUAUGAUUUGUUUAGAGAACUUUUAAAAAAAGCAGGAAAUUUAUAUUUUGCCAUGCAAUUAAAAGCAUAUCUUCCACUCCAAAUGUAUAAACUAAUGGUUUACCUAGCACUUAAAUUGCCCUAUAUGCAGAAAGAAUAUAUGA